UCGCUCCUCGCUCCAAUCCCAGCCAGAGGAGGGAGUCCGGAGCGGGGAGGCCCUCUUUCGGAGGUUCCCUGCCUCCGCCCUUCCCCUUAUGUAACCCCGCAGGAAGGUUACACAACCGGCCUUUCCCAGCCCAGCCUCCCCCCAUUCUUAAAAUGCAAGCCCCGCCCCCUUCCCGGCAGCUCCGCCCCGCCCCCACGUUCUAAUCCCGCCCCUUUCUUUUUCAACCCCGCCUUUUCUGAACCAGCUGUUGUGAUGUAUUCCUUCUUGGGGAGCCAUGGAGGAAGACCUUGAGCAGGCGUCCCAAGGUUGGUUAGGGGGCUGGCUCCCUGCCUGGCGUCCUACCUCCAUGUCGCACCUCAAGAAUGUAGAAGCUCGGAUCCUCCAGUGCCUCCAGAACCGAUUUGUGACCCGGUAUGUCUCCCUUCCCAACCAGGCCAAGGUCUGGACGGUGUCCCUUUCUCCAGAAAGGGGCAAAGGGCGCACUCCGCUGGUGAUGGUACACGGUUUUGGCGGAGGCAUUGGGCUCUGGAUCCUCAACUUAGAUUACCUAAGCAACCAUCGUCCUGUCCACGCUUUCGACCUCCUCGGCUUUGGACGCAGCUCCCGGCCCCGCUUCUCCCGUGACGCCCAAGAGGCCGAGGAGGAGUUUGUCAGCUCCAUUGAGUCCUGGCGUAAGGAGAUGGGCAUCCCCAACAUGAUUCUGCUCGGCCACAGUCUUGGGGGCUUCUUGGCUGCCUCCUACAGCUUGCAACACCCAGAGAGAGUGAAACAUCUAAUCCUCGUAGACCCCUGGGGCUUCCCAACACGACCAACUGACCCCGCUCAGAUCCGUACCCCUCCAACCUGGGUCAAGGCUGUGGCAACUGUGCUGGGACGGUCGAACCCUCUGGCUGUGCUGCGGGCAGCUGGACCGUGGGGUCCUGGACUAGUGCAGCGCUUCCGUCCAGAUUUUAAGCAGAAGUUUGCCGAUUUCUUUGACGAUGAUACCAUCUCGGAAUACAUCUACCACUGCAAUGCUCAAACACCCAGUGGCGAGGCAGGGUUUAAGGCCAUGACAGAGGCGUUCGGCUGGGCCCGACGUCCCAUGCUGGAGCGCAUCCACCUGGUUCGCCGCGACUUGCCUAUCACCCUCAUCUACGGUGCCAAUUCCUGGAUUGAUACCAGCACUGGGGAGAAAGUCAAGGACCUGCGACCAGAAAGCUAUGUUUGUGACAUAGCUAUUCCGGGUGCCUCCCACCAUGUCUACGCCGACCAGCCCCAUGCUUUCAAUGCUGCUGUGGAACAGGUCUGUGACUCUGUUGACUGACUGCACCUGGGCCAGAAGAGGAAAGUUGAGGGAUCCUUUUCUGCAGGUCCUUCUCCACGGAGCCCGGUUGCUGGAAUGCACACAAGACACUCAGGCUUCCCAAGGAGCAGAAACACCAGCUCCUUGAGAGUCAGUUGCCACUUGGUCUUGGAGCAUACCUUUACCCACUUUCUUGCUUGAUUUCCCCCUGAAACUUUAUUCUACUUAAAGGUUGCAGGCCGCCUGUGUUGGGUUAACCUAGACUCAAAUUGUUUUAUUUUAUCCCAGUAUCAUCUUGAUUUGCAUUACACUGCCUCUACUUUCAGCAUCUUGCCUCUUCUGAACUGUCCAAGCAUUGCUUUCCUCAUAACCACCUUUCAUAGUCAUUUUUCCUCUCCACUUUCUUGGCUGUUGGUGCUUACUAUUUGAUUUCAAUCCCUGCUACAUAACUUGCUGUAUUCUUGCACCAGUGAAAGCUAAUUUUAUUUUUGCUGUUAAGUGGGCUACAUGAUAAUCAGUGCAAAAAUGGUGGGUGUUUAACACCUGACAUCUCUUUUGGGAGGCCAUGGGGUGCAGAGGUUUUUUUUUUUGUUCUUGUAGAAGUUGCUUUUGCUGAUCUGGUUAGCCAAAACCAGCUUGGUUUGAGAAGCUGGAAGGAGUGUGAUAGUUUUUCUUUUUGGCAAAUUGCAUUGUUAAUCUCAAUUAAGUCUAGGAAAUGGCUUGGACUGGGGAUGAUGGUUUGCCCUUCCUUCCUGUCUCUCUUUCUCCCCUAACCCUCCCCCUCCAAACUUCCCAGAGGUCACCAGUCAAGCACAGUAUCCUCUUGAGUGUUUGUUGGUGGACAGUUACAUCAAGCUUGUUCCCCAGUGGAAGAACAUUAGCAGAAUAUGGCAUGGAGAUGACAAGAGAGUCUUAGCCAUUGUGUGCCAACAUGAAAGGCUGCCCAUGGCUUUUGUUGUUAGACUCCAAAGGAAGAUGACAAAAGCUUCAAGUGUCAUGGAUCUGGGAUGGAGCAAGACAGAAAUCUUGAUCUCUAGCUUUCACCUGGGGCCAAAAUGACAGAAAGAGCAGCAGUGAUUCAAGCAUGUUGUGAUGGCCCACCAGAUCCUUCCUAAGCUAGUGAAAGACCAGAGAAGCUUGAGAUCCUGGAAGCCAUUGCAUGUCCCUCUAAGACAGUGGUUCUCAACAUGUGAGUCCCAGGUGUUUUGGCCUACAACUCCCAGAAAUCCCAGCCAGUUUACCAGCUGUUAGGAAGUUGAAGGCCAAAACAUCUGGGGACUCACAGGUUGAGAACCACUGCUCUAAGAUAAGAGUGCAAAUUACAUCCCUCCAGGUGUUCUUGAAAUCCCACAAGCUCCAAUAUGCAUAGCAAAUGGUUAAUAAUGCUGGGAGCUGCAAUCCAACAACAUCUGAAGGAUUACACUUCACUCACCUAUGUUCCAAAAGAUGGAUUCCCUGGCCCAACGGAGGCAAGGACACAUUAACAUUAUAUUCUUCAUUACACAUAGGCAUACCAGCAUUUGAGUGUCUUGGAGACACAACCAUUUCUGCCAACUCCUAUGUAUAAGGGAGGAUAUAUGGUAUCUGUGUUGUCUCUUGGGGUGUGGAUUCCAUGAUUAAAACACACAAUUCUGGUGGAUUUCAACACGCGCUCUACAUAGUUCACUCUGGCAAAUGUAGGUGGCAGUAACAUUUUAGUAGAUCUCAAAACUCUAGUAACUUUUCUUGCUAGGACAGAUGAAGAAUGUUUGCAGUAUGUAAACAUUUGGAGGACCUCUUCUGGUGUGGUUUCUCACUGCCCCAUCUAGUGGUGGCAAAGGAAGACUCUCAUGGAGGCGGGCUUGUGGCUGAGUCUCCAUAGUUAUCUCAUGUUGUUUAUUGCCAUCUGAGAAAUACACCCUUCUAUCACGUUGGCACCGCACAGUCUGUACUAAGUGCCGCGUUGGUUGGGGAAACCCCCACAUAAUGCUUUACUUUGAUUGCUAAUUUAUAAAUAUUACUUGUUUUGUACCCUGGGCUGUGUCCCCUACUACAGGAGACUUUGGCUGAGGUCAGAGGAGAUGUGAUUAAUGGAGGCACCAAAAGAUUUGUCCCUAACUCCUGGGUGUGUUUGGGAGUUACGGCUUUUUCCUUUCUUUGGUAAAGUGUGUGUGCAUUGGUUCUGUGGUGCCAUAUUAAUGCCUCCUCUAACAUGGGAUAAGGGAGCAUGUUUGCUUCCUUCUCUGAAUCCCCUGCCUUUGUGGUGCUUUCUAUAAAACUUACCUUGGUUUGUACUAAAUUUUGUAUGUUUAAUAAAGUGAUUGGUCUAAGAA